AUGGACUCUCAGAUUCAAGCCAAAGUCAACGAGUGGCUUGCAUUCGACAAGAACCCAGCUACGCGCGCCGAGAUCGAGUCGCUUCGGGAUGCGGGGAACACGGAAGAGCUCAAGCGACGACUCAUCGAAUCGAAUUCGGUACAGCUGGCAUCUCAGGGACUCUGUGCCUAUGUCCUCCAAAAUGUUCCAAAUGCGACUGAGCGCGGUGUCGUCGUCGGUCACGACCAUCGUUACAACUCUGAGAAAUGGGCCCAACUGACGGCUGCGGCGUUUGUCUCCAAGGGAUUCAAGGUUUAUUUGUACAAGGGCAUUGUGCACACCCCUCUAGUACCAUAUACAGUCAGCAAACUGAACGCUGCAGCGGGAGUUAUGAUCACUGCGUCACAUAACCCUAAAGACGAUAACGGCUAUAAAGUCUAUUGGGAAAACGCCGUCCAGAUCAUAUCCCCACAUGAUGCCGCCAAUGUGGACAAUCUAGUCAUUGACCGCACUGAAGAAAUGACAGUUGCGUAUCUUGGUUAUAUCGCAUCACUUAGUCGUACCAGAUUGGCGUCUGCAGGGAAACAAAUGCUUCAGUCCUCUCAAGUUUACCAAUACCUCCAUGCAUGGAGUUUCUCGGGCAUCAUCGACCGAGCAAAUAAAGUAUUCGAUUUUAAACCUUUGGAGCAUGUAAAAGAACAACAAGAUCCCAAUCCGGACUUUCCACUGUUGCUUUCCCUAAUCCUGAAGAAAAGGUGCAUUGGACUUGGCAAUCAAGACUGCGAACGCAUCUGGUUCGUCAAAAAGCCAGACGGAACGUGGUUCGUCUUUUCAGGGGACCAACUUGGAAGCUGUUUGCGGGUGGAUAUUGAGGGAUACAAAGCUUCUGGAAGACCUAUUGAAAAACUGGCCAUGGUUGCCUCUACGGUCAGCUCCAAAUUAAUCGGUGCAAUGGCAGCCAAGGAGGGAUUCAAGUUUGUCGAAUCUCUCACCGGAUUUAAAUACAUUGGGAAUGCAGCUCGUGCGCUCGAGGCCGAGGGAUAUAAUGUACUAUUUGGAUAUGAAGAAGCAAUCGGGUUCAUGCUUGGUGAAGAAGUUCGUGAUAAGGACGGCGUUUCAGCAACGUCGGGAAAACUAGCGACCGAUUACUUGGAGGAGAUUUAUGCACAGUAUGGAUAUUUCAGGCCAACAAGCAACAGUUACUUCAUUUGCUCCCAAUCUGAAAUAGUCGACCAAAUAUUCGCUCGCCUUCGAUCAUACAAUGACCCAGCUUCGUUAUCUAAAGACAAAAUGUCUCAAUAUCCGAAAUCAAUCGGUGGUCUCACUGUUAUGGAUAUCCGUGACUUGACUACAGGUCAUGGGUUCGAUAGCAGAGGACAUAUGAUCACAUUCAAGGCAAAGGGAGAUGGAGUAGCGAUUGUUUUGACGGUUCGUACGAGUGGAACAGAGCCCAAGAUCAAAUACUAUCUAGAAGGCAGUGGUUCUACCCGCGAACAAGUUACGAAAGCGUUGGCUCGAGUGGUUGAUGAACUUCGAGACGAGUGGAUGCAAGCCAAGUUGCAUAACUUAGGAAUUCCAGGCGCGUAG